AUGACUGGCACCGUUGCCACUGUAUCUUGUGUCCUGCGGCGCCAAGCCAGCGCCGACUCGCUGCAAGACGUCGGUCAGCUCAUCUCCGACUUCCUCGGCCCAGACCCGAAUCUUUCUCUGUCCGAGGCCUGCGCGUUCCGCUCCCUCCCGCUGCUCAACUGGAUCUGGCGCGUCAGUUGCGAGUCCACAGCCUCCCGCACGUCUCAAUGGACGCUAAACAACUACCUCCGCUCCGACCCAAACACGAAUCCAUGA